GUGGCUUCUUGCUGAUAGAGAUUAAGUAAGUCUUUUUUCAUUCACUGCUUUAAUUUGUUUAAGUUUUCCUGAAGAAGGGCUUCUUUUCGCUUUUGUCAUGUGACUUUAUUCACAGAUUUGGCACGCAUGAAAACAGAUGGACAACGUUGAGCAAACUGACCGGCCUCGCUCCAGGCAGCUUGUUCUCGCUGACGCCCUGGACGAAGCACAGCUGGAUCUCCUCGGGCAGAGGCUAGAAAAGAAGUCUCUGUCACUUUCGGAGAGGGUAAAGUCACAAUGUCGGUGUUCUGGUUCCAGGAUAAAAAGCUUCGUGCUGGAGGUUAUUCCCGUCCUGUCAUGGCUCCCUCAUUACUCCGUCAGACACAACGCCGUCGGAGAUCUGGUGUCUGGCAUCAGCGUUGGGAUCAUGCAUCUACCACAGGGUAUGGCCAAUGCCAUGUUGGCAGGAAUUCCUCCAGCAUUUGGUCUGUACACUUCUCUUUAUCCUCUGAUCGUCUACUUCAUCUUUGGCACUUCCAGACACCUCUCCAUCGGUACCUUUGCCGUCCUGUCCAUCAUGAUUGGGACUGUGACAGCUAAUGUGGAGUUGCUUAGCGACGGUGAUGAAGCAGCUGUUGAAGCAGCCAAAGUAAACGUAACGGUGCAAGUCACCUUCCUUUGUGGCCUAAUACAACUCCUUUUGUACCUGCUGCGGGGAGGUGUUGUGUGCCGCUGGCUGUCGGAUCCUGUAAUCAGAGCCUACACCACAGCAGCCGGCCUGCACAUGAUCAUCGUACAGCUGCCGCUAAUGACAGGAGCACCAGUACAGAAACAUACUGGACUGCUGGCUUCACCUAGGACUUUCAUAGAUGUUCUGUAUGGAGUGACCAAUGUUGUAACAGGAACUCUGUUAGUCUCUACGGUUUCUUUGGUGAUACUCAUCGGAGGCAAACUGCUGAAUGAGCGCUUUAAGAACAAACUGCCUGUCGCCAUACCAUGGGAGCUUAUACUGAUUGUUCUCAGCACCCUCCUGUCAGUACAGAUGGAUCUGGCUGGACAGCACAGAGUCCAGGUGGUGGGACACAUACCCAGUGGCCUGUCUCCCCCAGCUCUUCCCUCCUUGUCUCAGUCCAGAGAGCUUUUCAUUCCAGCUCUGUCCUUGGCUUUGAUUGGCUUCAGCUUCCUCUCAGCCAUGGGCUCAAUGUUUGCCAACAAACAUGGCUACAGUGUGGAUCCGAGUCAGGACCUGCUGGCCCUGGGUCUAUGUAACACCAUAGGAGGGAUGUUUCAGUGCUUUGCUGUCAGCUGCUCCUUUUCUCGCAGCACGGUCCAGGAAAGCAUCGGCGUCAAAACACAGAUGGCUGGUCUGGUGUCAGCUCUGUUGAUUCUGACAGUCUUGUUGGAGAUUGGUUAUCUCUUUGAGCAGCUGCCAAAGGCAGUGCUGGCAGUGAUUAUCGUGGUGAACCUUCAGGGCAUACUGGCUCAGUUCAGAGAUGUGCGUCUGCUCUGGAAGUCUGACAGAUUAGACCUGCUCGUGUGGAUAGUGUCACUGACUUCCACCUUCAUUUUUAACCUGGAUCUGGGUCUGGCUGUGGCUGUCGUCUUCUCUCUGGUCACACUCCUUUACAGGACACAACACUCCACCACCCUUGUUUUGGGUCACAUUCCUGGUACAGACUGUUACAGAGAUGUGGAGCUCUACCUUGAGGCGAGGCAAAUUCCAGGCGUGACGAUACUCACAUGUUCCAGUCCACUUUACUUUGCCAACUCUGAACUGGUGUUCACAAAGAUCAGACAGACGGUGAAUCAUGGUCAGAAGGAAAACUCAGCUGGAGUUCACAUCGCUGCUUCUUCGGUUUCUUCCCCCCCAGCGCAGACACACAUGCACACCUACUGCUUGGUUCUGGAUCUCAGCUCUGUUACCUUCAUGGACUCUGUGGCCAUGACGGCACUUUGCAAGGUUGUAGAAGUCUUGGACAUCCAGGGUGUCGGUGUUUUUCUGGCAGCUUGCCCAGAGAAAGUUUUAUCCCAGCUCCAGACACAGGGCUGUAUACCAGACAGCCUGCCCCGCUCCUGUCUCUUUCCAUCGGUCCAUCAUGCCGUCCAGCACUGCCUCACCAUCCUGCCCAGGUCUCUGGAGACAUCAGCAGAUGGUUUGCCUCUUCCCUGGUGAAGCUCUCCCUGUCAUUCACAGCAGUCACUGUCAGCUCUUGGUUGUUUGGGGAUUCAAUCAAUCAAAAAUAUGCAACCUCUUCACCAUGUGUUCACAUUGGCAGUAUGAAUGAUGAAAUGUCAUCUCAUGAGUUUUGAUGAAUCUGGCUGAAUCUGAGCACUCAUUUUGCUUGUGUAUGUCUUGGCAUUCACCCCGUUGCUUCUGCCAGCAGUAAAUCCUCAAUAAAUGUCAUGUUGCCAGUGUCUUUGGCAGCCAAACAUGCCCAAGUAACUUUGACGUCUCUCUAACAGAUUAAUGCUUUGUUUGAAUCAGAUUAUUCAUAUUAUUCACUUGUGCACUCAAUUUGUAAUAUUGACAGGCAAUUCCAUCUCAUCGUAACAAGUGACUCUCAACUCUCAUUGUUUUUUCCUUCUUGAAACUUAAGUUUAUAGAAAUCACAGCUGCCCAGAAUAUAUCAUAUUGCAGAUGAAGUACUAUUCAUUAACUGCCCAAAUAUUGUAUUCUUCAUGCUAGGUGUAGUACUAGCAUGCAGAAUGCAAUACUACUACUGUGCCAUACUAGUACUGUUGUUGCAAUACUGGUACACCGCAAUAAACAAAGUGGAACAUACUUUACAAACAGUGCAUAGUGAAAUCUAAAUGGAUCUGAGUGGUGUCUAAAUGCACUUCAGAGCAGCAUUACAGAAGAAGAGCACACUAAGUUUGUAAAAAUCUGUGUGUGUGUUGAUUUUUCCCUUCCCACUAUAGUUACUAUUAACAUGACUGUAAUGAGGAAAGCUAAAAUUAAAAUGCAUGUAACUAUAUUGGUGCCAUCACGGUUGGUUAACGGUGGUCUGGAUAAAGUUUGUGACGUGGGCUUCCAGAUGCAGAUCAUUAACCUUGACUAGACUAUCUUUUUCAGAGAGACUGCAAAUCUAAGUCACUGGGUCAGAAAGUAAUAGCCUAGCUUCACGCUGUUGCAUUACUGUUGCAAACUAAUCAGUAAGACCUGGUUGAAUAUCAACCUGGUUUCUGGUACCGGCUGUCCAUGUUCUUCUAAGAAAAUGUCCAUGGGUGGAAAGAUUAAAACUGAGCAAAGUUCACUGUGAUGUUAAAAACCCUUCUAGUUAAAAUAUGCUGGUGAAGUUCGUGAAGAAAGUCAGAGCCUUUUUUGUAAGUCGACAAAGAGGCUACAUUAUGAGAAGUCAAUAUUCUUUCCUGAGGACAAAAUCUCACCAGAUCUGUCUGCUGUGCCUUUGGUGAAAUGAAGUAAGAAGCCCUGAAAACAAGAAACUCGUUUGUAAGUUCUUAACCUUCUGGGCUCUUUACUGCUGUGUCUGAUGUUUCAUGUUAUGGUGUAAAAAUGUAUAAAUUCAAAUGAUUUUAACAAAAAGAUUAACUUAAUCAAUUUCUUUUUAACACGAGUUCCUUUGUAAUGCUAACACAACCCCCCACCACCCCAAAAAUCUGUCUUCUUUAGUUUCUUUAAACUGUGCAACAGUAAUAUAACAAAAAAAUCGAUACAGUAAAAAGUGUUGUUGUUUAAACUGUGUUGAAUUUCAGUCUUUUUGAAAUGCUAUGUGCUCCGUUUACUAUUAACAUGACAAUGAUGAGUAAAAUAAAUGUUUAUACAAUACUA